AUGGAGAAUGAGACAACUUUGGCAACAAUCAAAUUAAUGAAUCAAGACUUGGUGUGGUUGGAUUGGUUCGAUGGAACGAACUACACGCGAUGGAAAGACAAAUUAAAGUUUCCCCUUACUGCACUAAAGAUAUUCUAUAUUCUAGAUCCGGAUUUGGCAUCACUAUCGGAACCAACAAAUGAAGAAACUGAAACCGUUAGAAAUGAAAGACAAAAGCGCCAAGAAGAUGAACUUAUUUGUCACGGUCACAUUCUCAAUGCACUUUCGGAUCGUUUGUAUGAUUUAUAUACAAACACAACAUCGGCGAAAGAAAUUUGGGAAGCCUUGGAAAACAAAUAUAAACCGAAAGAAGAAGGAUACCGAAAGAAAAUAAUGCAUAGUUCCAAAGAUUAUUCUUUGAAACAAUUGCAAAAAUAUCUUCGAAUUGAGGAAGAGUCGAGAAUGCGUGACAAAAAUGAUUCUCAUGAGGGCACUUCCAAAGUAAAUGCUGUAGAGAAAUUCGAACCGCCAAAGUCCAACAAAAGGAAGCCUUCAAAGAACAUUAAUAAGUUCAAGAAGAAGACUAAAGGAGGAUGCUUUGUGUGUGAAAAAUCUGGACACUACGCAAAAGAUUGUAGACACCGGAAACACAACACCUCUGAAGGUAAUGUGAAUUCCAUCCAAAACGAAAGGAUUGUGGCCACCGUAAGCGAGAUAAAUGCUAUUAAGGGAAAGGCUCCCGACUGA